AUGGCGGGGCCAGAUCAAGCGGCGAAGCAGUCGUCGGAGGUGCUGCAGCAGAGGAGCGGGCUGCCGAAGUGUCCCGUGAGGAUGGCGCUCGUCGGGGCUGUCAUCGCCGCCGGGCUCGGCUACACGGUUCUGUUCGCGAACAAGAAGCCCGAGGCGACGGCUCUCGACGUCGCUAAAGUUGCCACCGGCGGCAACCCUCCUUCCGCCACCAAAUAUUAA